AUGUCUCAAUUUCCAACCCCUGUCACAGUUUUGAUCACCGGAGCUGCGGGUGGCCUUGGUCGGGUCAUCGCAGAGGCAUUCCUCACCAAAGGCGCCAACGUCGCCAUCUGCGACGUCAACAGGGACCGUAUCGCUGAGACAUCGUCGGCAUGGACUCAAGAGUACCAUGGCAGGUUCAUUGCGGAGCAAGCAGACGUCUCAUCCAAAUCCGACAUCGAAAGCCUGGUCCAGAUAACCACCAACAAAUUCGGCCGUCUGGACAUCCUCAUCAACAACGCCGGAGUCCUGGACGCCUUUGACCCGGCGGGCACCUGUACGCGCGAGACAUGGGAUCGAGUAUUAAACGUCAAUUUGACCGGCCCGUACGUCUGCACCCAGGCAGCUGUAAAUGCCAUGCAGACGCAGUCACCACCCGGCGGAACAAUCAUCAACAUGGGCUCCAAUGCCUCCGUCUGCGGCACAAACGGCGGGCUGGCGUAUACAGUAUCGAAGCACGGCGUGUUAGGGCUGACGAGGAACACGGCUGCUUUCUACCUCGACCACGGCAUCACUUGCACUAUGCUGCAGCUGGGUGGUCUGGCGACGACGAACAUACUCGACUCCCUCUCGACGGGGGUGAAUCAGGAGGGGCUGGGCAUGGUCGAGAAGCACACGCCGGGCUUCAAAGCGGGAUUCAAUGAUGUUCCCCUAGAGGAUGUUGCGAAGUUCUGUGUUCUAUUGGCUGAUCGCGAGCUGGCGAAGACGAUGAAUGGGGCAUCUGUUCCGUUUAACAGAAACUGGCCUGCAGGGGUUUAG